UUCCGGCCCCCAGGGGGCAGCGCGGCGCCGUUGACGCGUUGACGCUGCCGUAAACAUCAGCAGAAGAAGCUAGCUAGCUACUGUAAACAAAGCUGAGCCGCCAGUCUGUUAAACAACUCAAAAACUGCUUAACGUGAAGAGAAGAUAUAAAUACUUCUACAUAACACUAAAUGCUCUGUAGACUCUGCCGGUCCGACAGCAGCAGUUUAGUCCGGCCCUGGAGCUGCCAUGACCCAGCCUGCAGUCUGACUGAAGGAUAAUGGCUGCAGAGCUGUUUCCCACCAAGAAGCUGGUCCCCUCCGCCUCAGCGAGCAGCACCACCUCCUCCAACAUCCAGCAGUACCAGCAGCAGAACCAGACCAACAACAACACCACCACCGCCUCUCAGGGCUGCUGCAGCUGGCAGGGCCUGUACCCGACCAUCCGAGAGAGGAAUUCAAUUAUGUUUAACAAUGAGACGAUGGCAGAUGUUCACUUUGUGGUCGGGCCGCCUGGGGGGACGCAGCGAGUACCAGGACAUAAGUACGUCCUCGCCGUCGGCAGCUCCGUGUUCCACGCCAUGUUUUAUGGAGAACUGGCCGAGGAUCAGGAAGAGAUCCGGAUCCCUGAUGUGGAGCCUCCAUCGUUCCUGGCCAUGCUGAAGUAUAUCUACUGUGAUGAGAUCGAGCUGUGCGCUGACACCGUGCUCGCCACACUCUACGCAGCGAAAAAGUACAUUGUGCCUCACCUGGCUCGGGCCUGUGUCAACUUCCUGGAGACCAGCCUGAGCGCCAAGAACGCCUGCGUGCUGCUGUCUCAGAGCUGCCUGUUCGAGGAGCCCGACUUGACGCAGCGCUGCUGGGAGGUGAUCGACGCUCAGGCCGAGCUCGCUCUGCGCUCCGAAGGCUUCUGCGACAUUGACACCCAGACGCUGGAGAGCAUCCUGCGGCGGGAGACGCUCAACGCCAAAGAGAUGGUUGUGUUCGAGGCGGCGCUGAACUGGGCCGAGGCGGAGUGUCAACGACAAGACCUGACACCGACUAUCGAGAACAGGCGUCUGGUGCUGGGGAAGGCCAUCUACCUGAUCCGCAUCCCCACCAUGGUGCUGGAGGACUUCGCCAACGGAGCGGCGCAGUCCGGUGUGCUCACGCUCAACGAGACCAACGACAUCUUCCUGUGGUACACCGCCGCCAACAAGCCUGAACUGUUGUUCUGCAGUAAACCUCGUAAAGGCCUGGCGCCGCAGCGCUGCCACCGCUUCCAGUCCUGCGCCUACAGGAGCAACCAGUGGAGGUACCGAGGCCGCUGCGACAGCAUCCAGUUCGCCGUGGACAAACGCGUCUUCAUCGCCGGCUUCGGCCUGUACGGCUCUAGCUGCGGUUCGGCCGAGUACAACGCCAAGAUCGAGCUGAAGCGUCAGGGCGUGUCGAUGGCCCAGAGGAUCAUCAAGUACUUCUCAGACGGCUCCAGCAGCACGUUCCCCGUGUCCUUCGACUACCCGGUGCAGAUCGAGCCCGACACCUUCUACACCGCCAGCGUGGUGCUGGACGGCAACGAGCUCAGCUACUUCGGCCAGGAGGGCAUGACAGAGGUGCAGUGUGGGAAAGUGACCUUCCAGUUCCAGUGCUCCUCGGACAGCACCAACGGCACCGGAGUGCAGGGUGGCCAGAUCCCCGAACUUAUCUUCUACGCCUGAGACGAGCAGCAGGGAGGACGCCGCAGAGAUUCCAGCUUCACUGCCAUGUGGACUUUUACUUUGAAAGUGUGGAGAUGCGUUCGAGGUGGGGGGGGGGG